ACUCUCAGUUUCACAAACUCACAAGAACUUGACAUAGUCUUUCAGAACAAGGAGAGUGAGGAACAAAAAACAAUGAUUGUAUUACCAGUUUUGUUCCUGCUGGGGUCGCUGUUCCUCUGCCGUCCUGUGGAGGCCUCGUCCCAGUCGGGCACCAUCCAGAAGCUGAAAGAUGCUGCACUCAGUGCGGGAUCUCUAAGCUGUAAAUGGGAUUGCAACUGUACUUACAAUCGCCAGCGUAGCUGCUGCUGUGCAGCCGAUGACAUGUACAAACUUGAAGAGACAACCUUCCUAAAGCUAGUUAAUGUGUGGGGACAAAUCAAAGAGCUGAACGCCGAUGUAGAGGAAUGCACAAAAGACGUCAAGAUUGCCUUCAGUGCCACAAUAGACCCAAGUAUAGCUGUCUCAAUGCCUGGAACUUCUGAGCGUUGCUUUGGUCCUUUCAACACUAACGUGCCUAUCCCCUACUCCAUCGUCUCUCUUAACAGUGGUUCUGGAUUUAACCCUACUAUGGGUAUUUUCACGGCCCCUCGUGCUGGAGUCUAUCUCUUUUCCUUCACAGCCUACUCAUAUGUGGAAAGGGGGGAGCGCCUCUACCAUAAAGUUCAGCUGAUGAAGAAUGGGGCUAAGGUGGUCAGCGUGUGGGAGAACAACCGAGAAGAUGGUGAAGACAGUGCCACUCAGGUUGUGAUUCUGGAGAUGAACAGAGGGGAUCAGGUCUAUGUGGAGCUGACGUCUGGGAGGAAGCUCUGUAACUCCCUGCAGUACAAUAUUUUUACUGGUUACAUGGUGUACCCCAGUCACGAUAUGUAACGCACCAGCUGGAAAUCCAGACAACUUAAACUUUCUGAUUCCUUAUAUAAAUCCAUUUAUCUUCACUCAACUGAGAUUCUGAUUCAUGAAAACAAACUAGUGUUUUCUGUCACAUGUUGAACCCCCCUCCCCCCCCACACUGAGAAGUAGGUUUGUGACCUAUCGUGGAAUAAGCCCCAUAGUUUGAAAACCCCUGCAGUAGAAGUGGUACCCACAUAGAGUGGCGCAUGUGUAUGCAGGCAUUUAUAAUCAAACACAAAGAAUAUUAUUACUCAUAUUUUUGUCUGUUUGGAAAUGUUUGCAUUAUUAAAAAGACUUAACCACACAUGUGAAUAAAUUACCAUUUCUACAAUAACUGUGUCUGUGGACAGAGGACGUAUGAUAUUGUGUUGAUUUGCACAUAAAGAUCUUUUAUGACAGGUGAUGUUCCUUUAUUUUUAAAUCCGGUAUGUAAUAUAACUUGACACAUACAAACACACACACACAUAGACCAUGAAUGGAAAUAGGUAGCAGAGGCUUUGGUAUCAUUCAGGAAUGAUAACAGUAGGUCAUAAUACUGCCGCUGCUAACAUUUGGCCUAUGACAGCAUUGUAUAAUAAACAAGUGCCUUUCAUGGAAGCUCACCAUGCACAGCAAGAAUAAUUCCUACAGUUUAAUAAACACAUGACGUAGGAGCAGCUUACACACGUACAGCACACAUUUUCACACACACAUAUGUAAACAGGCGCACACACAUUAUGAAGUUCAGACAUAGCAGUCAUUCCCAUAGGAAGCAUCAAUGAGGUAGCAGGAAGUGCUCUGUUGUUUUUACACUUUGGGUUUUGUGUGUAUUAAAGGUCCAGCGUGUAAGAUUUAGGGGGCUGUUAUAGAAUAGAAGACAAGUCAAAGGACCACCAAAGACAUUACAGUUCAUCCUGAAGGGGACAUAAAUGUCUGUACAAAACGUCAUGGCAAUCUAUCCAAAAGUUGGAACCAGUGAUAGGCUAAAAUAUCAGUACUUCAAUGUGAGAAAAAAAAAUCCCAUAUUGCAAAGUCUUGUAUUCACGAUUUUAUUGAAGUACAAGCACAACAUCCUGACUAUAAUAUUAACUACUUCAUAUAAUGUAGCUUAACUGUUCAGUAUAUACAUUGUAGUUAAAAAUAAAGGCCAACUAAAUGUAGUAGUAAGUAGUAAGAGUAUGUGUUUCUUUCCACGACUUGAAUUUUAUACAGUGUCAUUAUAAAUGUAUUGAGAGUGAAAAGAACACAUAAUGCAAAUGCUCAAUGUUGUGUUUAACACUGAGCAUUUUAUACUAUUACCAUGUGUAGAAACAUGCUGCAGCUUCAGAAGCGGUGCCGAUUCAAAAUAUAAUUCUAAAUGAAUACAACAAUGU